AUGCGGUCCUUCGCCACGAUCGCCUGCCUCUUCCUGGCGUACUGCACCGCCGUAUACGCGACCGCCCUCACCUACCGCCUAGAAGCACACGAGAAGGCGUGCUUCUACGCGCACGUCGACUUCACGGGAACCAAGGUUGCCUUUUACUUCGCCGUCCAGUCCGGCGGCUCCUUCGAUGUUGACUACUCGGUUGUGGGUCCUGCGGUAAGCGGCAGGAACCAGAAGGUCAUCCUCGACGGCACCAAGGAGCGACAGGGCGAUUUCGUCUUCACCGCCACCGAGGUCGGCGAGUACGAGUUCUGCUUCAACAACGAGAUGAGCACGUUCGCGGAGAAGUUGGUCGACUUUGAAAUCGCUGUCGAGAACGAGGCUCCCCGCGCUGCCAUCCCCUCCAAACAGGGGUCAUCGCCAGAACAGACGACCGUCCUGGAAGAAUCAAUCCUGAAGCUCUCCGCCCAGCUCUCCACCAUUUCCCGCAACCAAAAGUACUUCCGCACACGUGAGAACCGCAACUUCAGCACCGUCAAGAGCACCGAGAAGCGCAUCUUCAACUUCAGCUUGAUGGAGGGAGGCCUGAUGGUCCUCAUGGCCGGUCUGCAGGUUGCAGUUGUCCGCUUCUUCUUCCAGGGCGCAAGGAAAGGUAUUUUAUAA